UCAUUUCCGCGCGACGCAGGCGCCAGCACCAUGGUCCAAAUCCACGAAGUGGCCGAAUCCACGAAGGAAGCAACGGACGAAGGGGCCAAGGUCACCACCGUGUCGGAAGGCGCCGACGCCACGGCGGCGCCGCCGGCCGAAGACAAAAAGUCGCUAUUGAUGAGCCUCGGCCUGCCGGAGGAAGUGGCCGACGCGGCCAUCGCGAGCGACGGUGACGGCUUCAAGGACGGGGCGUCGCGGGUGUCCAUGUUCUACUCCCUGAAAGUUAACGACGACGCCAAGGCUGAAUGGAAGGAUCACUACCUAAAUUACACAAAAGGCGCCAAGGCCUCGAAGGGCCACGUCAACGUCUCGCACUCGUACAACGAGGAGACGCGCGAGGUGAUCUGCAUCGAGACUAUCACUGGGAAGGAUGCGAUGAGCAACCACAUCGGCAACUGCUUGCCGCACUACGCUCAAAUGCUCGGUUGUGGCGCAAGAGGCGGCGUCCGUGUUCUUGGUCGCUUCUCGCGUCUCAACGUUACUCUACACACAGGUUGUCAUGAAGGAAAUCAUCUGCGUCUGCGACCCGGCGGAAAUGGACUGGUUCAAGGCGUCCCUCGCGGCCUGGCAGCCGGAGAGAAUGGUCUGCACGCCCGACCACUGCCCCUGACGAACACUAGUAACAUUCCACAGUACGAUUAUCAACUAGGCCACGCGUCGACCACGCCCACGUUUGUCGUCGCCGGCGGCGGUGCACUCGUCCGCCGCGCGACGCGACCUCGUAUGCGCGCAUCCACGACGGCCGCGCAGCGCGAGCACGCGCGCACGUAGCCCUCCACGGCCUCGCGGUCGAGCGACGCCGCCGCGCGCUGUACUGAAUCGGGGCCGUCGUGGCCCUGGCAGAACCGCAGGGGCAGCCGAUGAUUCGAGCAGCCGUCGCAGACGCAGGCGCCGCAGCGCCGGCAAUGAUGCCGCCGUCGCAGCAGAAAAUUGAAGUGCUUGCCGCAGAUCAUGCACGCCGGCGUCGACCCGUCGGGCACGCGCGUCAGGCCGCGCGUCGCGAGGUGCUUCCGCCACGGCGCGUCGAGCGGGUCGCCGUCGCCGAUCGGGGCGGGGAGCGGCGCGGCCACCGGCUGCGGCGACUCGCGGCCGGCGUCGGCCAAGCUCUGGUAGCCAGACAUUUGACGGCUCAGUUCGUGUACUCGUUGGUCGUUUUGCGCAACAACUGAUAUGCGUGCGUACUCCUCGCUGUUUUGCCCAACAACUGAUGUGCGAUGCUUCCGUGCGCACGAUUACCUCCCUCUCAGCCCAAAGCUUGUAAAGUGCCGGUGUAUCGCUGCCAGCAGCGGUCACUCUAGGCGCUGAGGGCCCAAAGCUGGUGCGAGGACGCGUAUCUAUGCGCGUAGCUCUGCAAGCCG